UUCCCGCCAUCUCCUUCUUCUGAAGUAAAAGACAGUAGACGUGGAACCUUUUAUUGAAUUAAUCAGUGUUGUUUUUGUUUUUAAUUACAUUUAAUAGACUAAUAAUUAAUAAAAAUGUGGAUUCAAGUUAGAUCUAUUAGUGGAAGUAAGACUGUAAGGAUAGACAAUCUUAGUAAAUUAACUAAAAUAGAAGAAUUGCGUAAAAGAUUAGUUGAACCCUUUGAAGCAGAUCCAGAAAAACAGCGCCUAUUCUUUCGUGGAAAACAGAUGGAAGAUGGGCACACACUUUUUGAUUAUGAUGUUGGAUUAAAUGAUCUUAUUCAGAUUCUUGUGAGAAAGAAUUUAGAUCUAUCACUUAAUGAUGACAAAACUGUGGAAGAGCAAAAGACCAAUAAUGAAAUUGUUACAGAUGAUAGUAGCCAUUCAGAUAAAGAAAACAGUGAGCCACAAAAUGAUAGUAAAGCUGCAACAUCAAGUGUAUCAGAUAGCUGUUCAACAAGUAUAUACAAAGUCGGGGAUAUCAUUGAUGCUAUCAAUGUAACAAUGGGGGCUUGGUUUGAGGCCAAAAUUGUGAAGGUAGAACAUGGGAUAGACUCAGAGAUUCAAGAAAGACUUGCUGAAUGUCGUAAGGAGCUCUCUCGGACUGAUGAAAACGACAAUAGCAGUGCAGAAAAAUCACAGCUUCCUGAAGUUCCCUCGGAUGGUUUCACAUACCAUAUUUUUUUUGAAAAGUAUCCCGAUGAUAUUGAAAAAGUUUUAAGUUCAGAGAUACGACCUCGUGCUCGUACACUUAUUCGGUUUCAAGAUGUUCAAGUAGGUCAGCUAAUCAUGGCUAAUUACAACUUGGAAGAGCCUGAGAUGAGAGGCUAUUGGUAUGAUUGUAUUGUGACUGGUAAGAAAGACACAAGAACCAUGAAGGAGUUAUAUGCAACAGUUAAAGCUGGCCCAAACUUGACUCCACUUCCUAAUUGUCGCCUCCUUUUUAUUAAAGAAUUGUUUGGUAUUGAGCUUCCUGGAACACAGCUUUCUGAGGAGGAUAUUUCAUCAGACUCAAAGACUAAUAUAGCAACAAGAGAGAACAAGCCAGAGUGUGAUAAAUGUAAUGACAAUGCCAGCAAGAAAUGUAAGCACUGCGGGUGUGUGCACUGCGGUGAUAAGAAGGACCCAGACAAGACCAUCCUAUGUGAUGAGUGUAAUCAGGCCUUCCACUUGUACUGCUUGAAACCUCCUCUAGAAAGUGUACCAGAUGAAGAGGAAUGGUAUUGUCCAGAAUGCAAAAAUGAUGACACAGCAAUAGUUAAAACUGGAGAGAAACUGAAAGUCAAUAAGAAGAAAGCUAAAAUGGCAUCAGCCAGCAGUACCAGCAACAGAGACUGGGGAAAGGGAAUGGCUUGUGUUGGUAGAAGCAAAAUGUGUACUAUAGUCUCAUCUAAUCACUAUGGGCCAAUUCCUGGUGUUGAAGUGGGAACUUUGUGGAAGUUUAGAGUGCAGGUCAGUGAAGCAGGUGUACAUAGGCCACAUGUGGCUGGAAUACAUGGGAGAGAAGAAGAUGGUGCCUAUUCUAUUGUCUUGUCUGGAGGAUAUGAAGAUGAUGCUGAUGAUGGAGAGGAAUUCUAUUAUACUGGAAGUGGGGGCAGAGAUCUUUCAGGAAACAAAAGAACAGCUGAACAAUCUUGUGACCAACUGUUGACACGAAUGAACAAAGCCCUAGCCAAAAAUUGCAAUGCUCCUUUAGAUAACAAGAAAGGGGCUGAAGCUAAAGACUGGAAAGGUGGUAAACCUGUGCGUGUUGUACGAAACUGUAAAGGACGAAAACAUUCCGAAUAUGCCCCAGAAGAAGGCAAUCGAUAUGAUGGCAUUUAUAAAGUUGUAAAAUAUUGGCCAGAGAAAGGCAAGUCAGGUUUUCUUGUGUGGCGUUAUUUGCUACGACGAGAUGAUCCUGUCCCUGCCCCAUGGACUAAAGCUGGGAAGAAAAGGACGGAAGAGCUUGGCCUAGAGAUGCAGUACCCAGAGGGCUAUCUUGAGAGUUUAAAAGAAAAGAAUGAAGAUGAAGCACCAAAGAAGAAAAGUAAAAAAAGAAAGCUGGAAGAUGACACUGAAGACAAAGAAUCUUCUCCUGAGCCUGACACUAAGAAGCAGAAAGUUGUUAAAUACAACAUAGAGACCAGUAUUAAGAAGAAGAUUGCGGAUGAUGUGAUCAACAAGAAAUUGUGGGUUGAAGCUCUGACUUAUGUUAAAAGUGGUUCAAAGGUGUUUCAUGAUAAAGUUGAGGAACUGUUUCGAUGCAUUUGUUGCCAAGACAUUGUCUGUAAACCAAUCACUUUACAUUGUUCCCACAAUAUAUGUAAAAGCUGUCUACAGAGAUCAUUCAAAGCUGAAGUCUUUUCCUGCCCUGCAUGUCGAGCUGAGCUUGACAAGUCUAUGUCAUUGAGCGCCAACAAAACUCUGACAGAGAUUUUAAAUAGUUUAUUUCCAGGUUAUGAAGUAGGAAGAUAAAAUUAAAAUACUUAUAGGUAUUAUCAAAAAUUAGAGAGCUCAUGUUGUAUACAAUGUGCAAAUGUUUACUACCAAUUUUUUACCCCUAGAAAAUUACCUCAGUUAAGUUGGCCGAAAUAUAUUCAUUCCAAAUGGUAUUUUUAGAAUUUAUUUUAUAAUUUUUAUUACUAAUUGUUAUUCUAAAUGGUAUUAUAGAAUCAAUUGAAUAAUUUUUAUUUCUAUGUAGUUGAUGAAACAUACACACAAAAAUAUUUUAAAUGGUUUUGACGAGUGUAUUGAUUCAAUUUUUUUUCCCUCAUUAAUUUCUAUUUUAGAUGUACUUUAUUUUUUUAUUGGCUAGCAGUUAGCUGUACAUUUGUCUUGCAUGGAUAUAUAAACAAAAAUAUUUGCUUCUACCUCUUGAGCCUCAUGUGAGGUCAUUUUCAUAGACAUUCUGUAUUUUAUUAUCUGGACAAUUAGUGAUUCAGUUUUACAAUCUAAUAAAAUCAUGUCCACCCUAUGCAAAGAAAAUAUGUGAGAUUUUGGUUUUCACUGAAUUAAAUUUUUAUUAAAAUUGAACACUGUAUACUGUUUAUGAAAUCUAGUUAUUGUUUAGAACAAAAUAAAUUUAACAUUAAUAAUGUUAUACCUAUUCUAGAUGCUAUUUUAUCAAAAAAAAAUUUAAUAUUAUGGUCAAAGUGUGAUUGCACUAUACAUACUUAACAUUGUUCUGUAGACCAUCAGUCCAUGUUGUAGUGUCUCUGAGACCAUUUCCCCAGAGUAAGCUCUCCCCCCUAAGAACAAAACUAUUUCUCAAUCUCAUUUCAGAGCUACAUUUUUAUUUCAUCUACUAAAUAAGUUCAAAUGUCAGCCAUCGCUUUGAUUUUCAUUGUACGUUAUCACCAGAUGGGAAAGAUGUUUUAAAUGUGCACAAAUCAACUCUGUGUCUUGAAUCUUAAAACUGAUGAAAUAAGUGAAUACAUUCUUGCUCUCAAUAGAUGGUAUUCAAUCGCAGUAUUGAAUCAGAAGUUGCAAUUGCAGCUAAAGUAGGUUUUGGCUGGUACUAAUGAUGACCUCAUUAUUAUGCUUUAUUGAUCACUGACUGUUUCAUUGACAUUUUUUUUUUAAAUGAUUUUUGAUAAACAGAAAGUUGUUCAUCUUAUUAUGUCACAGAAGUUACUGUCUAGAUUGCUGUCAAAGUCUGUAGAGUGCAUUGAAAUGUUGGUGUUUUAUUAUUGUGAUUGUAACUCCACUAUUUUUUUAUUUUUUUUUACGAAAUACUGUAUCAAGUUUGAAGAUAAUGUACAUAGAUAUAUUUUUGUAUGGGCAGCAUUUUUGUGUCAAUAUCUACUAACACAAGUACUUCCAAUCUUUGAAUGGAAUAAAAUGUCUUUAUUGUUUGAAUUAUUAAAUGAAAUCAACAUAGGCUAAGAUGACCAGAGUAAUGCUUCUCGUCCUCAACAUAUCACUCGGGAAACAGUCGUUAGACUAGCUGAUUAGGCCAAAAGGGAGAAAGCCCCAAUAAGCAUGUCAAGUCACUAUCCACUCACCAUUCCAAAAGGAGACUUUUUUAUGGUGUACACCUGCAUGGCUGAUGUAGUACAGACAAGAAAUAUGGGGGAGUCUUGGGAUAUGAGCCAUCAGUAAUAGGUCAGUUUACAUCUGUUUGAAUCUAUCCCAGACAGAAUAGCUUAGACACCCCUAAGGAGAUUGGUUUCCAUGUGCCUAAAGGUCCAAGAGUCUUUGACUAAGGACAAUGACAAAGAAGAAGAAUGCUUAGUAAUGUCUGUAACUUUACUGUAACAGUAGAGAGAGAGAGAGAUUCAUUUGAUUCAGAACCUUUCCCUUCAAUGAUUCAUUUUCAAAAGCAUCAUUGUUAAAGAGAAAGUUGAACACAAAUUUAAUCAAAUUCUGACUAUUGAUUACUCAUGCUUUUUUUUUUUUUUUUUUAAUUACAAUUUUUACCAGCUAAAAAUUUAUUUUUUUUUUGUUAAUGUUUAUUAACCAAACACUUUGCUUUGUACUGAAGAGAAUUUCCUGACAAGGUUUUUAAAAUUUUAUUUUCUGGAGAGUUCAGUUCAGUUGUAUUAAUUUAAUAUUGCGUCAAGUAUUUGUAUUACAAUCAAGAGAACUAAGUCUUGAACAUGCUGUUAGUAUUUUAGCUUAUCAAGAUGUAGUCAUGUCUAUUUGAAUUACAUUCGCCUUUCAAUUCAGUGAAUUGACAUUCUGUUGUUUUCUUGUCAUUGUUGUAGAACAGAAAGUGUCACUGUGGCAGGAAACUGGGUUUUUUUUUUAAUGUGAUUUGAAGAUGUCAGGGACAGCAGGCCACACUUGAUUCAGUGUAGUUUUUACAUAGCAUUGAAUGUCCUCGCCUCAUUCCAACUUUAUGUAUGCAUCAUUGUGUGCUUGUACAACUUGAUUAGACCUAACAUUGAUGUACAGAUUUGAAUUGUGUACUGCCAUUGAAGGAAGAAGAAGCUUCUCACUGGGACACAGUACAUUAUUUUGUUUUUGCUUUUAUACUGUAAAUACAACUAUUUUUUUUUU